AUGUUCCCAGGCGAGCUGAUGCACUCAGCACAUUAUGAGGAGGGUUGUUCCCUUACCAACAAACACGUAGCAGUCACUGCUGCCGGGAGUUUAGGUGCUCAAAUUGUUGCGGCAAUACAAUACCAAGUCAAACACAUCUACCACUGGGCUGGCAAGAACGUCGCAGAUAAUCGAUACAGUGACAAGCAACGGAGGUUUCUGGUGGAGGAUCCAAACAAGUACCUCGAACAUCGGAAACAAAUCGAGAAAGAGCUUAAUCAAGGUUUCAGGUUUAUCAUAAAAGGCAGCGAAGAAGCCCAGCUCGCUCGCGAGUACGCAGACAAAGCAUGCGCAAAAAGCUCACAAGUAAUCCCCAGCUUGUUAAGAAGAUAAUUCCCAAGAGCUUCAACCCGGGUUGCCACCGAUCAACCCAAGCCCAGGCUAUCUCCAAACACUAACGGCGACCAAUGCAACCAUCUUUAUAUACCCUAUAAGCUCGAUAACAAAGACCAGGUUUGUGUCCCAUAAAGUUUCAAGUUCAUCACUUUGUAAACAACAGCAAUAAGAUUAACGGAC